AUGGCGAGCUUCAUUAGAAGAAAACGAGCGUUCCUACUGAAGAUACUGAUUUGCAUUCCUAUCUUGUACCUGGUGUCUCUGGUCGUCUUCACUGCCAAUAGUGACAGGACACUGCCAUUCCCAGAGACCAACGAGAAGAGGCACCUAGAAGCAAUAGAUCAGGCUGAUCCGAUGGGUAGAUUGCCUGGCCGUGACAGAAAUCUACAUGUGAUUCAGAUGCAGCCCCAAGCAGAUCCUGCUCACAACGUUGACUUGGGUUUUCAGGAGAACAAGAGGCAACUAAAGCCAUUGGAUGUGAACAUUGACCACGAAGUAAAGCAAGUCGGCAAAGUGGACAUGAAAGUCGAAAACAAAAACAGACCGGAUGUACAAAAUAUACAGACGGUGGUGAAAACGACAAGUGACCCUAAUGCACCGGGUGAAAACGGAAAAGGUGUCGCCAUUGACAAAGAUAAACUUUCUGUAGAAGACAGAAAGAAAUUUGAUGAAGGCUGGAAGAACAACGCCUACAACCAGUUCGCCAGUGAUAUGAUCUCUCUGCAUCGAAGCCUUCCCGACGUCCGGGAUAAAGA